UUCAUACAAUACAAAACGCCCCAAUCCAUCCAUUCCUUACCUUCUUCAUUUGCAUGCCCCCAAAAACAAUUGAUUUAAUUAAAGGCCCACAAUUUGUAAUCCAAAAAUGUUGACAGAUUCUGAGCUUUUGGAACAUCUUCAUGAUGUUUUGAAAACAUCUGACCUUGAUACUACAACUCCAGCCAGUGUUCGCCACAAACUUGAACAAGAUUUGGGUGUCGAUUUAUCUGACAGGAAAUCCUUUAUUCGUAAACAAAUUGAUUUGUAUUUGCAGUCACAUUAUAAUCCUGGUAAUGGGGAUGUUGAGAAUGGCAGUGAGAAUGGCAGUGAGAAUGGUGAGGGUCAAGCACAACAACAAGACGACGACAAAGAAGAAGAAGAUGAUAAUGAUACCCAGGAGUCGAAUACUAAGGACAACAAGACAGCUACAAAUAAAAAGAAAAAGGGAGGGGGUUUUAGCAAACCAUGUGCACUUUCUCCCCAACUUCAAAAGCUUGUUGGAGAGCCGCAAAUGGCCCGAACAGAGGUUGUCAAGAAAUUAUGGGCCUAUAUCAAAGAGAAAGAUUUGCAAAAUCCACAGAACAAGCGAAAGAUUCUAUGUGAUGAAAUGCUACAUGAAGUUUUUCGCGUCAAGUCCAUUGAUAUGUUUCAAAUGAAUAAAGCACUUAACAAACAUAUAUGGUCAUCAGAUGAAGAAUACGCUAGGGUCAAGCCUUCCAAAAAGAAGAAGCAAAAUGAGAGAGACGAAGAAGAUGAGCCAGAGACAAAGGCUAAACGGCAAAAAGCAAAGGGUUCGGGAUUUGUUGCUCCACAUCCAAUAUCAGAUGAGUUGAUGCAUUUCUUUGGUACCGAUGAAAAUGAACUGUCUCGUGCAGAAGUUGUGAAGAGAAUUUGGCAAUAUAUCAGGCAAAAUAAUCUUCAGGAUCCAUCCGAUAAACGAAGGAUUAUUUGUGAUGAUAAGCUAAGAGAGCUAUUUAAAGUUGACACGUUUGUUGGUUUUACGGUUACAAAGCUUUUGACAGCUCAUUUCAUCAAAGAAGAAAAAGAAUAGUGGUAUGGUUAAUUGACAGGGUAAGUCAAGUUUAGCAGGAUUUGUGCUCAUUAUGUUUCAAAAAGUGUAUAGGUGUGAUCAAAGAAUGCUAACCAGUUGGUCAAUGGUGUAUUCUACUUUUUUGUUUACAUCAUUGACAAAAGUUACCACUUUCACUUGCUACUAAAACCAUUACUUCAAGAUUCUUGGUUCCUGCGUGUUUUAGCAUGUCACGGAAUCAUGAUUAUACUUUACUCUUAUUCUACGUCACACACACACACACACCAUAAAACACAUAUUACGGUUUUUGGCUAUACAUUAGAUAAUGAGUGGUUAAAGAACCGAAAGGAGACUGCCUUUAUCUUGUAAUUUUGAGCAUGGUUGUGCUCCUCAAGCAUGAGAGUCAUUAGACCUUUUUCUGGGUAUGCUUUCUUCCAGUCAAAGAAAUGGUCAAAUAUUGGUAAGGAAGUAAGGAACAACUUCCAUUGCAUGAUGUACAAGUCUCUAGAAGUAUGACUCCCAUUUGGGCUUCUGAUCAAGAGGGGUUUGGCCUUUUGUUGCCCUUCAUGCUUUCUGGAAAGCAUGUAGAAAAGAGUCCAUGCUUUAGUUAUCCUCCUGUUGCAUAAUCAUUUGCUUACUUUUUCUGUUUUCUGAACAUUAUGUGUGUGUGUUUUUUUUAUUAGGCUUGUGAAUAGAUUUUAGCCUGUGGGAAUGUAUUUUAAAGACGUGCGAUUCUGAUGGUCCAAAUUUGUGUGAAGUGACCAAAUUGCAAUUUGGAUUAUUCA